GGAGCGACUGUCGAGGGCCGCGCCGCGCCAGUCGAGUGCAGUGCGCUUGCAAGCGAGGACUUUACGGCGUACUCGGAUAUAUGCGCCGAUUUCCUCUUCGCGAUCUUGUUGUUGCCGUGCACCGACAAUAAAUGACAGCAAAAAGUUCCGUUAUAUAGCACAGGAUUUUCCUCCAUCUCCUCAGGAUGACCGGGAAUAUAUGCAGUAUGGCCAGGGUUUUAUUUAUAACAUCAAUUUUGGGAACAGUCUACUCACAAUUAUCUUACGACCCUAAUUUCGUGCCUUCUGUUGAGGUGUCGACGAAUUACAGCGGAAAAGAGCCGCGAGACAACGGUGGGGCUGAUCUAGAAUUCCGGUACCAUGACCACGAUCAGAUGACCCGAUAUCUGCGAGCAGUCUCAGCUCGCUAUCCGGCCCUCACUGCGCUAUAUUCCAUUGGGAAAUCAGUACAAGGUCGAGAGCUUUGGGUAAUGGUGGUGUCCGCAUCUCCCUAUGAGCACAUGAUUGGCAAACCUGACGUCAAGUAUGUUGCCAACAUCCACGGAAAUGAAGCUGUUGGUAGAGAACUACUCCUGCAUCUUAUUCAACACCUAGUCACCUCAUAUGACUCGGAUCUAUAUAUCAAAUGGUUGCUCGACAACACUAGGAUCCACCUUAUGCCUUCCAUGAACCCUGACGGCUACGCAAUUUCUCGGGAAGGACAAUGUGAUACUGUGCAUGGAAGAUAUAAUUCUCGUCGCUACGAUCUGAAUCGCAACUUCCCAGACUAUUUCAAAGCGAAUACGAAGCAGCCUCAGCCCGAGACCGAGGCCGUCAAAGAGUGGAUCAGCAAGAUACAGUUUGUGUUAUCUGGUUCACUACAUGGAGGUGCGCUUGUAGCAUCCUAUCCCUUCGAUAACACUCCCAGUGCUAGAAUAUGCCGAUCGUCAGUACUAUGUUCCGUCUUCCAAAGCUACGGGCACACGCCGUCGAUCGCGCCAGAUGACGAUGUAUUCCGCCAUCUAUCUCUGGUGUACUCGAAUAACCACGCCAAGAUGUCACGUGGCGUCUCUUGCAAGAGUGGUUCUCCGCGAUUCGAAAAUGGUAUUACAAACGGUGCUGCUUGGUAUCCCCUAACAGGUGGCAUGCAAGAUUAUAACUACCUAUGGCAUGGAUGCAUGGAAAUUACAUUAGAAAUAUCAUGCUGCAAGUUUCCCCCGGCACACGAACUUCAAAAGUAUUGGCAAGAUAACAAACAGUCUCUGAUAAAAUACUUGGCCGAAGCUCACCGCGGAGCACACGGAUUUGUGAUGGACGAGAAUGGCAACCCGGUAGAACGCGCCAGCAUCAAGGUGAAAGGACGUGACGUAAGCUAUCGCACAACCAAGUACGGAGAGUUUUGGCGUAUUCUGCUUCCGGGAACAUAUCGACUUGAGGCGUCAGCGGAUGGUUUUUUGCCACAGGAAGUUGAAUUCAUCGUUAUAGACAACCAUCCAACCCUUCUAAACGUUACUCUGCACUCCGCUAAGGGCUACGUGCCGCCGCGGACUACUCGGAAGCCAACUCACCGGCGGACAACUGUCACCACCACUACAACAGCGCCCGGCAACCACAACCAAGGAGACAUUAUUUUCCCACCCAACUAAUCAUGUACACAUGUUACAACCUCCCAAAUUCUCACAUUCCACACCACACGUUUUUAAGCGUGGCGUGGGGAUUAACCACUCAAAUUAUAAAGUACUUACACUGGCUAUUCAUAAAUUAAUUAUCAUUAUAUCAAGCAUAAUGUGUUCAAAGUUCCACUAAAGUACAAAUGUAAUUUUUUUAGAAUAGAAUCCCUAUCAAUGAUUUUAAGGACUGUUAAAAUGUUGCCUUAAUUAACGUUUUAAAUUGUAACCAAAACUCUUCUAGAUAAAAAGGCAUGAUAAAGUUUUAAGUUUUUCACUUAUCAAAGUUGCACUACUAAAAUACUGAUUGUUGGUUAAAGGUAAGAAUUUCAUCUAUUGCACAUGUACAUACAUUACCUUUACACAUUACU